CGGGGCUGGAUUUUCCGAGCACAUGCAAAGUCUUUUCACAUGGCAGCUUCAAUGGUGAGACAACCAAGUCUCUUCAUCAUCAUCUUCUUCGCUUUCGCCUUUUCACGUACCUCUUGCGACCAUCACCAUCCACUAGACCCUCUGACUCCGGCGGAAUUCAUUGCCGUUCGGAAUGUCAUUAAGAAGUCAUACCCCACUUCAUCAAAAUAUAACCUUACUUUCCAAUACAUAGGCCUAGACGAGCCAGAUAAACACACCGUUCUCUCAUGGCAAUCAAAACCAAGCAAUACCGAAACCCAAACCCCACCACGCCGAGCCUUUGUGAUUACUCGGUUCGAUAAACAAUCUCACGAGAUCGUAGUCGAUUUAUCGAGCCGUUCCAUAGUCUCUAAGACAGUAUACAAAGGUCAUGGUUACCCUUUGUUGACCUUAGAGGAACAAGUAGUUGCAAGCGAAUUGCCACUUACUUAUGCACCUUUUAUUGAAUCCGUGAAAAAGAGAGGGCUUAAUAUAUCCCACGUUGUUUGCUCAACAUUUUCAAUUGGGUGGUUUGGAGAGGAAAAGAGUAAGAGAGUGCUGAAGAUUCAAUGUUUCUACACAAAUGAAACAGUAAACUUAUAUAUGAGACCGUUGGAUGGUAUAACAGUGGUGGUUGAUCUUGACGAGUUAAAGAUCGUUGAAUACAAUGACAGGUUCGUAGUUCCGGUGCCGAAAGGUGAGGGAACUGAGUACCGGUUGUCGAAGCUGAAGCCGCCUUUCGGUCCACAUCUGAACAGUGUAGCCGUAGAAUCGCCGGAUGGACCAGGAUUCACAAUCGACGGCCAUACUAUCAGGUGGGCUAACUGGGAAUUCCAUCUUGGAUAUGAUAUCCGAGCUGGUCCAAUUAUAUCUCUGGCCUCAAUCUAUGAUCUUGAAAAGCAAAAAUAUCGCAAAGUAUUGUAUAGAGGCUAUUUGUCCGAACUCUUCGUGCCAUACAUGGACCCAACCGAGGAAUGGUACUACAAAACCUUCUUUGAUUGUGGCGAAUUUGGGUGCGGUCUAUUUGCAGUGUCACUCGAACCAUUUACUGAUUGCCCAUCUAAUGCUGUGUUCUUAGAUGCCUACUAUGCAAAACAGGAUGGUGAGCCUGUCCAAAUAUCAAACGCUUUUUGUGUUUUCGAAAAGCAUGCUGGGGACAUCCUGUGGCGUCACACUGAGCCAGGUAUUCCUGGCGAAACGGUGAGGGAGGUUAGGCCAGAGGUGAGCCUUGUGGUGAGAAUGGUUGCGACGGUGGGCAAUUAUGACUACAUACUUGAUUGGGAAUUCAAACCUACUGGCUCCAUCAAAGUUAAGGUUGGGCUAACAGGAAUACUAGAAGUUAAGGCAGAUAUAUACACUCAUACCGAUCAAAUAAAGGAAGAUGUUUAUGGCACAUUACUAGCAGAGAACACUAUAGGUGUAAACCAUGACCAUUUCUUGACAUAUUAUCUUGAUAUUGAUGUUGAUGGAGAAGACAAUUCCCUCGUCAAGAGAAACUUGGUUACGAAACCAGAAACCAAAAACAUAUCUCCGAGAAAGAGUUAUUGGACAGUUUCAACCGAGACAGCUAAAACCGAAUCGGAAGCAAGAAUCAAGCUGGGAUUGAAGCCAUCUGAAUUGGUGGUGAUCAAUCCUAAUAAGAGAACCAAACUAGGAAAUAAUAUCGGUUACCGAUUACUUCCUGGUUCGGUUUCUAGUCCGCUUUUAUCAGAUGAUGAUUAUCCACAAAUCCGAGGUGCAUUUACAAAGUACAAUGUUUGGGUUACACCUUAUAAUAAGUCUGAAAAAUGGGCAGCAGGACAAUAUGUUGACCAAAGCAGAGGCGAUGAUACCUUAGCAGUUUGGAGCCUAAGAAAUAGGGACAUUGAGAACAAGGAUAUAGUAUUGUGGUACACUUUGGGGUUUCACCAUGCACCUUGCCAAGAAGAUUUUCCGGCGAUGCCGACUCUGACCGGUGAAUUUGAGCUCCGACCGGCCAACUUUUUUGAGAGCAAUCCAGUGCUUAAAACCAAGCCUCCAAAGCAUGUAGCUUUGCCUAAUUGCUCCAGUACCCAUCACUAAUUGCUCAAAAAAAAUAAAAUAAAACAAAAUAAAAUUUGCUCCUUGUUGAAGCGACUUUAAUUUCUGGUAUGGCUCUGUGACCUAAUAUACAAAAACCAG